CUUAUCCUCUCUCCCUCCCACCUACUUGCGCACCCCCAAAUUGCUUGCCUUUCCUCAGCCAUCUGGUUGCCCUAGCUAGCUGGCUCGCCGGCCUGCUGCUACCGUGCGCACACGCGCGCUAUGCGGGCAAUAGGCACGGCGAGGGAGAGCCGGCAGCCAUGAGCAGAGACGUCGACGAAGGAAGCGUUUCGGCGGCGACAGCAGGAGCAGGAGGAGGAGGGGAAGUGGGUGGCGAGGCGGCGGCCGGCGUCAGCGACGAGGCGGCAGUCGACUCGCAUGAGAACGACCUGGUGAUGCCGGGAUUCCGGUUCCACCCGACGGAGGAGGAGCUGAUCGAGUUCUACCUCCGGCGCAAGGUGGAGGGCCGGCGCUUCAACGUCGAGCUCAUCACCUUCCUCGACCUCUACCGCUUCGACCCAUGGGAGCUCCCCGCAAUGGCGGUGAUUGGGGAGAAGGAGUGGUUCUUCUACGUGCCCCGGGACCGCAAGUACCGGAACGGCGACCGGCCGAACCGGGUGACGGCGUCGGGGUACUGGAAGGCGACGGGGGCCGACAGGAUGAUCCGCGGCGAGAACAGCCGGCCCAUCGGCCUCAAGAAGACGCUCGUCUUCUACUCCGGCAAGGCCCCCAAGGGCGUCCGCAGCAGCUGGAUCAUGAACGAGUACCGCCUCCCGCCGCCCACCACCGACGCCGAUCUCUUCUACAAGUCCGAGAUCUCGCUCUGCCGCGUGUACAAGCGCUCCGGCAUCGACGACGGCCACGGGCGGCCCUCCUCCAGCAACGUCCAAGCGUCGUCCUCGGCGAGGCCGGGCACCUCACGCACCAUUAUUCCGCCGGCUGGCCAGCAGGUGUCAUCACCGUUGUCCACGCCGAUGUCACCGACGCAGCAGCCCAGCUUCCACGGCAUACUCGGCCAGGGCGAGUGCUCGCCGGCGCCGCUGCCAGCCAUCAUGGACCAGGCCACCGCGCAGCUGCAUCAGCCUCCGCCUCCUCCUCCUCCGAGGCCGAGCGCCUUUGCGUCGGCGAUGAGCUCAACGAUGUCGGUUGCGCCGGCCGCGAGGAGCUGCACGUACUCGCUCAUGGCCCUGGCAGACGCACCCAUGAUGGGCAGCAGUUCCACGCCGGGGGACGAGCUGAGCCGGCUGGUGGGCCACAGCCAGGCCUACCCUAACCACCCGGCCGUCGGCAGCCACUUCCUCCCCUCACCAUCGUCGUCGCAAAUUCCGCCCCACGGAGAGAUGCCGGUGUCGCCGGCCGACAAGCUUUGGGAUUGGAUCCACCCUGACACCACAGGCAGCAGGGACUACGGCAGUUCUAGUUUUAAAUGACUCCAAAACCAAGUAAAUGCAGUCUUGUUGACAGGAGGUUGCAUUGCAUAUGCCAGUGGGCAGUGGCACUGGGCAUAAUUCGUAGGUUUUCACAGCCACGGUUAACUCUGAAAACCAUCAACCUAGACUUUACAUUAUAGCCUUUCACCACUCCACAGCAAGUGGUAUAUAUGAUUCAGAACUAAAUUAAGAUACGUAUAGCACUGAUGUUGUAAGCACAAGUUGGUGUUCAGUCAGUCUAAAUGUUCAGCUUCAUGUCUUAGUUAACUCCACAGCAAAUGAGGCUAGUUUAUUUCGGUGAAUGGUGAUCACCCAAAAUCUAAGCCUCUGGCAGGCAGUUGUUUCUAGCAUUUAAUCUGCAUGGCACAUGAAAUAAUGUGUGCAUGAUUGGCGGGAGACCGUUGCAGCAGGGGUUGUUUCUUUCUGCAUGAGUGGGGGGAAGACUUGCAGGCGCGGUAGGUACGUGUCAGAUAAGGCGAGGAUUAACCGGCGUGUGCAUGGAAUAAUCCAUGUGAUUAUUGCUCUUGCUCUUUUGCGUAGUGUUUUGCUCAUUGCUGUGAGCCACUGGCUGCAAAAGGUAAGGAUACAUAUGCCGCAUGCAUGUUUUGCAUGCAUGGUUAGAGUUCGUCUGUGCUGAAGUGCAUGUGCCGGCCGGCCGGCCAGGCAAGAAUGACUGGGCGAGAUGCCUGUCGAUUUGUAUGUAUCUGCUAUUUGAUUGAUGGAGAAGACAAUCUACUGGCAAAUGGCGUAAA